AUGACUAAAAAGGAAUUACUCUCAUUAAUACACUCGAUAUUCGACCCGUUGGGAUUAAUUGGACCCGCAUUAUUGCCAGCAAAACUUGUAUAUCAAAAAGUUUGUGGUAGAAAUAUAAAUUGGAAUGAAGAGUUAAAUGAAGACGAAUUAAUCGAAAUAAAUAACAUAGUAAAUGAUUGGAAUGAGCAAGAGUUUAGUAGACCCAGAAAAAUAAUACACGGUUGUAGAGAGAAAGAAAAUUUACAAAUGCACUGUUUUGUUGACUCCUCGAUGAAAGCGUACGCCGCGAAUAUUUAUAUCCGAAAUGAAUGCAUACACAAAACAGACGUCAAUUUAAUUUUCGCUAAGAAUAGAAUAGUCCCCAAAGGAAAAGAAAAUACAUUAACCAUCCCUAGAUUAGAAUUAUUGGCUAUUUUAAUUGGAAAUAGAGCAACUUCGUUUGUGAGUAGAGAAUUUGUUGUGUAUGGGCGUCAGCCCUUGAAGUGUUAG